UAUUUCCCGUUAAAAACAACCCCGUAACUUCCGCACUGUGCUGCUCCAAAAUUUUCCGCUUCUCCAUUAAUUCCAUAAUACCCUAGCAUUUUAGUUGGUGAAAUCCAUUGCGUCUAGCCCCCCGUGUCCAGCAGCCGAGUUGCAACUGAAUCCAUGGAUUUGCUGCAGUCGUACAGAGAUCUAGACUUGGAAGAAGAGGAGGAUGAAGUUGAACCCAAAUCGGAGCUCCAACCCGAAACAACAUCGGGCCAGGACCCGUCUCCAGAUUCUUCCCCUCUUCGGAUGUCCCUUCCCUCCAAAUCCGCUGCUCCAAGUGUGGACGACACUAUGCUGUCUCUUACUGUCGCUGGCAAGGUACAAUCCGAUGCACAAAAACCCCUAAAUCCGACCCAGCAUGUUGUUUCGUUCAACCCCACCUAUGACCAACUUUGGGCUCCUGUCGUUGGCCCGGCCCAUCCUUACGCCAAGGAUGGGCUUGCGCAGGGCCUCCGGAAUCAUAAGCUUGGAUUUGUUGAGAAUGCUGCUAUUGAGCCGUUUGUGUUUGAUGAACAAUAUAAUACUUUUUAUAAAUUUGGGUAUGCAGCAGACCCUACUGAGAACAAUUAUGUUGGGGAUGUUGAAGCUUUGAAGCAAAAUGAUGGUGUUUCUGUGUAUAAUAUACCGCAACAUGAGCAGAAGAAGCGGAAACUUGAGAAAAAGAAGGAGAUGCUGGAGGAGAUGGAGAAUGAGGGGAAUGAUCCUAUGGAUUUAGCAGAGGUGGAUAAUCCGGCCACUGAGGCUUGGUUGAUGAAGAAUAGGAAGAGUCCGUGGGCAGGUAAGAAAGAAUGGCUGCAAGGAGAGCUGACAGAGGAGCAGAAGAAAUAUGCCGAGGAGCACGCGAAGAAGAAGGGUGAGAAGGAAGGGGGAGAUAAAGAGAAAGGUGAGGCGCACGCCGACAAGAGUACAUUUCAUGGGAAAGAGGAGAAGGAUUACCAAGGGAGGUCUUGGAUUGAGCCUCCAAAGGAUGCAAAGGCGAGCAAUGAUCAUUGUUAUAUACCAAAGAGAUUGGUUCACACAUGGAGUGGGCAUACUAAGGGGGUUUCGGCUAUUAGGUUUUUCCCAAAGUUCGGUCACUUGAUACUGUCUGCAGGUAUGGACACAAAGGUGAAGAUAUGGGAUGUGUUUAAUUCGGGGAAAUGCAUGAGGACUUACAUGGGGCAUUCGAAGGCUGUGAGGGAUAUUUGGUUCUGUAAUGAUGGAACUAAAUUCUUGACGGCAGGGUAUGAUAAGAAUAUUAAGUAUUGGGAUACAGAGACAGGACAAGUUAUAUCAACCUUUUCAACUGGGAAGAUUCCAUAUGUAGUGAGACUCAAUCCAGAUGAGGAUAAGCAGAAUGUCUUGUUAGCUGGAAUGAGUGAUAAGAAGAUUGUACAAUGGGAUAUGAAUACUGGGCAGAUUACACAGGAGUAUGAUCAGCAUUUGGGGGCAGUGAAUACAAUCACUUUUGUCGAUAAUAAUCGGAGGUUUGUGACUUCCAGCGAUGAUAAGUCGUUACGGGUCUGGGAGUAUGGGAUUCCAGUUGUGAUUAAGUAUAUUAGUGAGCCACAUAUGCAUUCAAUGCCAUCAAUUUCUUUGCACCCCAAUGGGAACUGGCUUGCAUGUCAAAGUUUGGAUAAUCAGAUACUUAUAUACAGUACUAGAGAGAGAUUUCAGUUGAACAAAAAGAAAAGAUUUGCAGGGCACAUUGUGGCAGGAUAUGCCUGUCAAGUUAAUUUUUCGCCUGAUGGGCGGUUUGUUAUGUCCGGUGAUGGUGAAGGAAGGUGCUGGUUUUGGGAUUGGAAGAGUUGCAAGGUCUUUAGAACUUUAAAGUGCCACGAGGGAGUUUGUAUUGGUUCUGAAUGGCAUCCGUUGGAACAGAGUAAAGUAGCUACCUGUGGGUGGGAUGGCUUGAUUAAAUACUGGGACUAAACCCUUCGGAGCUGUUGAUUGCCAUGUAAUGUACCAGAUCAACAUAAUUGAGAAUUACAGAUAUUGAGUAUACUCAGUAAAUUAUGAAUGCUCAUAUCAUCCGAAGAGAUGAUUUCCCUUCAUGAUAAGAUGUUUAGACAAAUCAAGAUGAAGCUGCCUCCAAUGUACUCAUCAUACCAUCUGUCAGUAUCAUGAUUUUUGUAUCCUGUUAGAUGAGAAAAUUACCCUCGCUAGCCUAACGUUAUCUUGGAUUGAAUUUCAAAUUGUGUGAAUUUUUUUUCUGCUCUCAAGAUCCGUUUGUAACAUUAGUAGAUUAUGCUGUUAAUUUCAGUUUUAGCAUGACUCUACUCUCCACCUGCCUUUCUUUCCCCCUCUAGAUCAAACUUUUUCACUUGGCUGAGAAAAAAUAUGAUUAUAUUACAGAGGAUGCUCCCAUUCCUGUCUAACCAAAACUACAAUGUGUGAUUAUGUGAUUUUCUGACCAUUAUCCUGGAUGAAUUAUUUUCCUUGGAAAAUGGUUUAGAUUUUUGUACAUACAGCACAAGAAUGGGCUGCAAAUUCUUGAGGUGCCCUUUUCAGUUACAUUACAUGCUUGAUGUGUCUCAGUUGUUGCAUGUAUGCAACGAAUUUACACAUCCAGACGAUGAAUAUAUUCUAGGUCCUUGCCUUUA